GCAUGCGUGUAUCAGAGGUGACUAAUGGAGGACAGAGCAGAGAUGUUGGAGUAGAGGAGAAAAACACACCGAGAUUAAACCUAAUUACCUGAUAAAGAUCACCUGAUCUUUAUGAUCUGAUCUUCACCUGAAGGAUUGUUGGCUCUCUUGAGACUCUCAUCAGGAUGAACUCUGUGUUGAGGAGCAGGGGGUGCCUGGUGUCCUACCUGUCAGGUGUCCAUGUGUUGGUAUCUCGGGUUUCUUCAGUCAGAACAUUUUCAGCUGUUAAGAGUCACAUCGCCAUGAAAACACAUCACACAGCUCUAGGCCAGAGGACAGCUGAUGAUGAAACCCUAGGGAGUACAUCUGGACCUCAGCAGCUCUCCCCGUUUCCUGUUUCCUCAGGGCUUCACACUCACCUCCAGGCUCUAUCCCCACCCUCCAUCCUGAGCCAGGUGACCUCUGAAGUCUCUCCUGUCAGUGAAGCUGAUUGGUUCUUUGAUCGGUCAGAUGUGGAAUGUGCCAUCCAGAUGUGUCCUGAGCUGCUGAAGAGAGACUGCCUGUCCAUGUUCCCUGAAGCUCCACCCACCGAUCUGGUGGCAGUGACGGUGACUCAGAGGACGAAGAACGACAUGAGCAGCUGGAGUUCAGAUGUGGAGGAGGAGAGAGAGAGGAGACUGACCACAUUUAUUGUUGGCGCUCAGUUGAUAUGUGCGGCAUUGAAGAGUGAAGGAUUCUGGGCUGACUUUAUCGACCCAUCAUCAGGACUGCCUUUCUUUGGCCCCUACACCAACCUCCCCCUCUUUGAGACAGACGAGCGUUACGUCCAGCUGGGUUUCUCCAUCGACGACCUUGGCUGCUGUAAGGUCAUCCGUCACUCUCUGUGGGGAACCAACGUCUUCGUGGGAACCAUAUUCACCGACGCACCGCCUAGCAGUGACAUCAUGAGGAAACUACGGGGCAGCUGAUGACAUGACACCUUCGUCUUUGAUCGUCUCUGGUUAUUGAUUAUUCUAGAUUAUUGAUCUCUGUUGGUUUGAAUAAAGGCUUUUAUUUUAUGGAA